AUGCGGUCCCCAUUGUUGUACCCACCAGUCGUUGGCAAUGCACACGAGCAAAGCCUGCCCGCCUGCUUAACUCCGGGGGCUAUUCACAUGGCGGAGCAGCUAGACGCUUUGGGUGGUGGGAAUGCCCGCAUCGGCCGGCUGGAGCUGUUUGUGAGGGUGUGCCCAGCUCCUCCGGGGGCGGAUCUUUGCAUGCACGAACUGAGGGAGGGGAGGGACGAGAAGGAGAACGUUGUGAAACUAAGGGAACCCCGCUACCCAACCUCCACCCCGCGUACUUUUUCUUGCACCCAGGCAUUCCCGCCGGGCGCUUCUCAGCUGGGCUUUUGUGCCCAAGUCGGCGCGCCAAUCAUUGACUGGCUAUGGGACGGCUUCAACGCCCUUCUCUUAGGCUAUGGUCAGACAGGGACUGGCAAAUCGCAUUCCCUGUUCGGGGGGAGCUCUUAUGGUCCUGCGUCGGAGCAGGACGGCUUAAUGCACCAUAUCUUAUCGACCCUCCUCGAAAGAAGCAAAAAGACUGAGAGCGGGAGUUGCACUGUGGGGCUACAGUGCUGGGAGGUGCGGGGGGAGAAGACGGUGGAUCUCUUGAGAGGGGACAAGGCGUCUGCGAUAGGCACAACCGAUGUUACUGCAGUCCUCAUCGAGACUCCGGUUGACGUCACAUCUGUGCUCUCGCAUUGUCGGCGAGCCAGCGUAAACUGGCAAGAUCGAAAGGGGGACGCAGGGGCUCGGCCGCUGCCCAACCGGGCCCAUGCUUUCGUCAGGGUGACGUUAACACGUGGACCCGAGAGUCACGUCAGCACUCUAACGGUAGUCGACCCUGCCGGCUUCCCGUCCGUGACGUCUCAAGCUCCGCCCACCUCUCAAACGUCCGAGUCCACAUUUUCGGACAUCGACCGGAAGACUGCGCGCGACAAUCAGCGGUCACUGACCGCCCUGGCCCGGUUGCUGUCGGAGGUCAGUCAGCACUGCGAGGACGCCGCCCGGGGGAAGCCGCAGCCGAGCCGACUGCUCACCGGCCCCAGAACGACUCUGACCAACCAGCUGGUGCCGUCCCUGACCGCCAACUGCAAGACGUUCCUUUUGGCGACCAUUUCGCCUUCCGCCGACUCCUACCUAGACUCGGUCAACACGCUGCGGGUCGCCACCAGGGCACGUGCCAUCGUGACGCCCUGCCUGCGAGCACAGGGCUCGCCGAUGGCGGUGUUAGGGCUGCAGUCCGUCCAGAGGGUCCUCUCGCGCGCCACGUCGCGCGCGUGCACGCACGCGCACCCUUUCAGUCCGCUGUCCGCGUACGGAUCGGACUACUCUCCUUGCAGCAGCCAGGGAAACCGGUCCCCGUCAGAGUUUGUUACGCCGCGGGUCGGUAAGAUGACGUCACGGAUGAGGUCAAAGCUCUCUCCGGCACGGGACGCUUCGGCAGGGGUUUCUUUGACGUGGGCGGAAUCAGAGAACGAGAGAAGUUGGGCGGAGAAAGAUUGGGACCGCAAGAGCGUUCCGGCGGCGGAAGAACGUCCGGGGAGCGUUCGAAGAGACGGCUCGAUUAUAAGCGUUCGGAAGGAGGGGGCGGAGCAAGGGCUCACAGAAGAGCACGAUGAAAGUAAUUCGGACCAGCUGACGAGUCGGUCCGAGCAGAUGGCCAGUCCGAAACAAGUCGAGGACUGGGAGAUUAUUGCAAAGAUGGCGAGACUGGAUUCUUUGUUGUCGCCGGACGCAGGAAAAGUACGAAAUUACGAGAAGCAUUCGCCAAGCGGAAACGUCAGUCCGGGAAGAGUGACCGGUGAGAAGGAAAGGCGGGCCGUAGGCGCGUUUUCCCGAGAGCUCGAGAGCCCACAGGAGAGCACUUUCGCCGGAACGCCGCCCCCGGGAAGGUUUUCGCGGGAGCCGUCGCGGUCGCCGCGCGUCGGAAAGAGCGCGGCCGCGCGUGCGCGUCCGCGCAGAGCGUCUGCGGUUGAGGCGAUGGAGAGUCUGAACAAGGAGUUUGAAGACGUCUUUAGCAGGAUUGACAAGGAAAGCCCCAGGAAAGGAGGCCCUGUUUCGGGAGCGGGUGAGGCUCUUACGGGUGGGUUCGACGGUCAAAACGGGGGAGAAUGUGAGAGACAGGGCCCAGAACAUGUGGGGGGAACGGUGCGCACGGAUAGGGAAGCGGCGGAGCGCGAUCCCUUUUCGGUGUACCGGAACGGGGACGGAAAGAAUGAUCGGGGUAGCGUUUCGAAAAGCAGUGUUUAUGAAGACGGCGAAGCCUACGUGGGGCGGACGCUUCAGUUGCAUAGGAUCAAUAGCAGCAUAGAAAAGGCCCCAGAAAGAGAUGAAGGAAGAACCGCAAGCGCUGGGGCUACUCCAAAAAGGAACCAGCUGCUGAAGGAAGAGUUGCAAUUCGAGACGGGAAGAAGGUUGGCCGCUUCUUUGACACCAGGAACACGGGAAAGCUCUCGGGUAGGCUCUCCCAGCCGAGUAGUGUCAAGCAGCGGGUUUGAAAGGCCCAAACAUGGCAAAAAACACCGAUUGGAAAGGUCGUACGGCGAAAUUGGAGGGCCCGGAGAUAGCCCCCAGCCAGGCGGCGACUCUCCGGGGGGAACAAAAAGCAGUGGAAAGAAGGGGAGGGGCGCGUUGCAGAAGAGCAAGUUGAGCGCCGGUCAAACGGUGCGAUCGAGCAUAGACAAGUUGGACAGAAGGCGGAUCGAGGAUCUGACUAGUAGCGUGAUUGCCUCAGUUGCGGAACGGAAGAGGCGGGAAGAGAUUGAGCGGGAGACGACCAGGGAAGCUUCGUUGGAAGUCGAUUUGGAAAAAGUGGGGUAUAACAGUCGAAUGGAGAGGGUGGAAAUCAACAGCCAAAAAGAGAAGGUGGCCUAUGAUAGCCCACACGUUCAAGCAGCGGGGAAAGCCUUGAACGAGCAGGGUUCGCCGAAAUCCAAUACGGUCUCUCCGGAGAGAAUGGAUGGACGUACAGAAGCUCUCAAGAGAGUCGGAAAUCCGGAACAAGGAACAGGUGUAACAAGCCCCGAGGUUGCCUCCUCCUCUAGAGGCCAACUAGACAUUCCGAGAGCUGGUGGAAAAAAGCAGAGCCCGGGAAAAGCGGGGGAGAGUUGUGGGGAGGCGGGAGACUAUGACGCCCUAUUAGAGCUUCUACAGAGGGAGAGGCAGAAGCGGGCAGAGACGGAGGGGCGGGAGGCGGAACUAGAGAGGGAACUUCUGGAGAACAGCACCAGCUACAGUCUCAAGCUGGACGAUCUACGCUUGGAGCUUCACAAGGCGCGCGCGCGGUGCCGCCUCCUGGAGCGCGCGUCAUCCCACGCGGCCGUGUUCGAGCAGUACGACCAGGAACUGCGCGAGCUCAGGCACCAAGUGCGCGAGCUCAGAAAAGAGGUCAGAGACGCGAGCGCGCGCUACGAAUCUGACCUAGCGCACACAGCGACGCUCGGAACAAACUGCGCUUCGGGGGCCGUGCGGGGUGACCUUUUGAUGACGUCAGCGAGCGGGUCAUCAGCGGAGGGAAACGGAGCCUCCAGCGGCGACAGCUCGGCGAGAGAUGCGCCCUUCGAGGUCGCCCGCGACAGUCAGCUGAUGAGCGCUUCGCAGCAGGCGAGAUCGACGGUCAGUACGAGUUGCGGGGGCGAGAGCCGGGUUCUAGAGUUGAUGCAGCGCGAAGUGAAACACCUGCGGCAAGAAACGGCGAGAUUGGAGGGCGAGCUCGCGGCCGCGCGGCGCGACAGCCGCCACGUGGCGAUCCAGAAGCGGGCCGCGGAGGACGCAAUCUGUAGAAGCGAAGCGUUGGCCAGGAGAACGAAGAGCCUAGAGGAGGAAGUCGUGUCGUUACAACUGCGCGAGCGCGCGGCGAUCGGCGGCAUGCAGCAAGCGCAGCGCGCGGCGGAGCUGUGCACGGCGGCGGAAGCCCGCGCGCACCAGGAGUGCGCGGAACUGGGCGAGCUGCUGCGCGCGCUGCGCGAGGAUAUGUACACUCUGAAGCGCGCGCGGCGGCACGAGAUGGCGGUCGACCGGGUGACGGGGAAGAACGGACGAGCGGGGUCGCCGGCAAAACGGAAGCCACGCGUUCGGCUGCCGUUCGAGACGUUAGCCCGGUUGCAGCGGUCACUAGAUCCGCACGCCAAGCGCGCGCACGAGAUGGUCAACGAGUUAAGCCGGGAACUAGGUCUAGUCCAAAAAGAGAUUGCAGAGGCAGGAAUAACGAACGACAGCGCGCCCAAAUGA